CAACACAACAACAAUAACAAAGAACAAACUUAAGAGAAAAAAAAACUUAUAAAUCCUUUUUUUUUUCUUAUUAUAGAAAACUUAGAAAUCUGUGUUGCAAAGAAGAAGAUAUGGGAAAUAGUUUACGGUGUUGUUUGGCUUGUGUACUUCCAUGUGGAGCUUUAGAUUUGAUCAGAAUCGUACAUCUAAACGGCCACGUCGACGAGAUCACUCGUCCGAUGACCGCCGGCGAGGUCCUUCAGGCGAAUCCUAACCAUGUCUUGAGCAAACCUUGUUCUCAAGGAGUUGUACGUAAGAUCUUGAUCUUGUCCCCUGAAUCUGAGCUUAAGCGUGGAAGCAUCUAUUUUCUUAUCCCGGAUACUUCUUUGCCGGAGAAGAAGAAGACAAAGAAGAGAAAAGAUCUCCACCGCCGGAAAAACAGCCAAAACAGUGAUCAUAUGAGUGGUAACAAGGAUCUUGAUACCAUAACACCAAAACAUAAGGAUGAUCUUGAUGGUCAUUGUUUGACGUUGUGUGAGAAAUAUUUAGAAGAUGUUAUGUUGUCGGAGAAGAUGAGUUCCACCGGUAAAGAGAAUCGUCACCGUCGGAGACAUAGCCGGUCGGCGUCAGUUUCCACGUGGCGGCCUCACCUCGAUAGCAUCACUGAGGAUCUUAAUUAAUUAGUAGUUUUUUUUCUUUUCAAUCUUUGUUAAUUAAUUCUGUCUCUAUUUUCUUAAUUUUUUUUUCUUUUGAAUCCGGAAAUCGGAUUUUUAUUUAACAUCCCCGGGAAGAAAUUUUUCGAAUAUUUUUAUUUGUUAUGAAGUUAAAAGCAGAACUAUGUAAUGUACUCAUGUACUCAUGUGGAUAAGAUCUAUGUUAAAUUUGUGAUCUAGUCUCGGAA